GGGAGCUCGGCUGAGGGCUGCACACAGGCACCUCUCGGGGGCCCGAGCCGCGGGGCCUGCCCCACACGGGGCUGAGGAGGGGCCGGGUCCGCAGGCCCCUGGGAGCAGCUGAGCGCUGGGCCCCCUUCCAGGCCUACCUUGGCUUCGCAGGAUGGGGCUACAGGCGCCCCCAGCCCCGCCUGUCCUCUGGGCCCUAGGGGGCCUUGCCCUGCUCCUCUGGCUGUGGGCACUGUGCACGGCCUGCCACAGGAAGCGCGCGCAGAGGCAGCAGCCCCCAGGCCGGGUGAUGCAGGCGGAAGCGUCGCUGCUGAGACGACACCCGCUCUGCACCCUCAGCAAGUCCGACACCAGACUGCAUGAGCUGCACCGCGGCCCCGGCGGCUGCAGGGUCCCGAGGCCUGUCAGCAUGGAUGUCCAGCGCCCACAGUGGCUGGAGGUGUCCAGAGGCACCAGCCGACCUCUGGGGGCCUUCUCGCCCCGAGAACCGCCCUUCUCGCCGGCUGCCGCCUCACCUUCCAUCGGCCCCGAGGCCACCUAUUCCAACGUGGGGCUGGCCGCAGUCCCCAGGGCCAGCCUGGCAGCCAGCCCCGUGGUGUGGGCAGGGGCACGGCUCACCAGCAGCUGUGCCAGCCCUGGGCCUGAGCCCAGACCCGAAGUGGCUGAGUACGCUUGUAUCCGGAGGCUCAAGGGAGCAGCUCAGGGCCCCCAGGGCCUGGGGCGGGGAACGGCCGAGCUGACCCCAUCUGUUGAGGUGGACAUCCUGUACUCCAAGGUCAGGAAACCUAAAAAGAGGGACCCAGGGACUGCCGCAGACCAGCUGGACCCCAAGGGCAGCGAAGCGGUUCUGGCUGUGGGAAGUGACCAGUCCCACGAGACCCUCCCACUCGGGGGCCUGGGCAAGGAUGACGGCCUCCUGGAAAACGUGUACGAGAGCAUCCAGGACAUGGGGGCCCAGGGCGCCUGGAACCCGCUGCUCCGGCACGAGGGCACCUGCGCGGGGCUUGGGGGCUCCCGGCUUCCCCAGCCUCAGCCUCGGAGGAGUCUCCACGUCCCCACCUGUUGAACGGCCACGUGUAGGCGGGGUGGAGCCCAGCUCCCGUUCCUGCGCCGCCCUGCGCCGCCCUGCGCCGCCCGCGCCCCAUCCCCAGGCUCCCCAGGCUCCCCGCCUGCGAGGCCCCUGGGGUCCUGGCCGCCGCCCUCUCCCGAGGCCUUAAUAAAUCCCUUGCGGGCGGCCCCCGCAGCCCUGC